UGCAUCAACUGCACGGCAACUACUCGGUAGACUGGUAAGGGGACGAUGAACCCUAACCCUAUUGCUCUUGACCAACCCGACGAGAAAGCGUCAUUGUGAAGUCAGGACCUGGUGAGUGAGUCGAAGAUUAGGUAGCUAUGUACUGUACCUUAUGUAGCCGUUGGCCAAUUGAUGGCAUAUGGAGACGACUUCGCAGUUGCAGCCUGCAGUAUCCAUUCCACAUCAUCCGUCACCUUCCUUGAUCUCCUGCGUUUGACCUCAGGAUCUCAAGUUCAGUUUCAACCGUACCCAAGUGAUCUCGACGAAAAUGCCGAACCCAUUCCUGAACGUGUUCUCCCUGAUUGCUGUUGUUCUCAACCGCGUGCUUGCUUACCUUGAUCGCGCGUUACAUUAUGCCAGCGGCUACAUUCUGUACUUUCUAUUCAAGGGGCUGAAGCCGCAGACUCACACCCGACCAUAUAAAACCCGGAACGGCCGUUGCUACUCGCCCGCUGUUGUCGUCACCGGUGCAAGCGAGGGUAUCGGCUUCGCAACAGCCGUCCACCUCGCCAAUAAAGGCUACACCGUCUUCGCCACGGCUCCCAGCGACGCGGAGCUCUCCAAGAUCAGGCAAGCCGCGGCAGAGCAUGCCGACAGAAACAGAUCCAAGGGCGGAACCAUCCACCCGGCUAUCAUGGACGUCCUCUCCCCGGACUCAAUCGCUCACUGCGUCGGGCACAUCGAGGACGUCCUGGGCGGCGACCCGGACAGGCCGCUGGUGGGCGUGGUCAACAACGCCGGGUACUGCAUGAUCUCGCCGAUGGAGCUGACGCCCGAGUCGGACGUGCGCCGCAUCUUCGAGCUCGACUUCUGGGCCUACAUCUCGGUCAUCCGCGCGUUCCUGCCGGCCGUCAAGAGGAACAAGGGUAGGUUCAUCAACGUCGGCAGCUAUGGCGGCUACUUCAACCCGCCGCUGUGGGCGCCGUACUGCGCGCUCAAGGCCGCCGUUGAGGGGAUGACGAGGGCGUGGAGGUUGGAGUUGCUGCCCUUUGGUGUCGGUACGUCCAUUUCCUUCUUUUCCCGCCUCCCUGGGUCCCAGGGAAGGGAGGGAGUGACUUUGGGGUGUGAGAAGAACAACUGACGAAGGAGCAGGGAUGACGACCGUUCGACCGGGCUGGACUCGGACGGGCGGGGUCGGCCCAAAGAUCGGAACUGCUUGGGACCAAUACUGGGACGAUCUGUCCAAGGGAGCCGUUGGUGUUGACAGUUUUGGUCGAGUCGUCAGAGCGGAUGGGCCGGUCCAGGAGGCUGAAGAGAGGGUUUAUCGACCCAUGAUCGACAAGUGGUACAAACUUACGCAUGCCGCCGUGGAGGG